CGGCGGGCAGAGCGUCACAGGUUGAAAACACAAACCCGAUCCAGAACCUGCAGGACGUGAGAAACUCUCUCCGCCAUGGAUGCCGACGUGGAUUCAGUUGCCGAGAAGCUUCAGCGCUCUCUGACUGUCAGCCAGGAAGACGCCACAGAAACCUACCACAGGUUCAUCCGGGACGGGAAGCAGGCGGCCCGGCAGGGCGACCUGCUCCGAGCCGUGGACCUCUUCAAACGGGCCUUCAAGAUCCAGCAGAGUCCCAAACUGGAGAGCCGGAUCCAGAAGAUCCAGGAUCUGAUCUCGGAGACCGAGCAGGACGAGGAGCGGGACGAGUUCGUGGACGUGAACGGCAGCGGCCUGCUGCUGUUCAGAGAGCUGCACGACCGGCUGUACGGCUACCAGCGGGAGGGCGUGGCCUUCCUGUACGGCCUGCACCGGGACCGGCGCGGCGGCGGCGUCCUGGCCGACGACAUGGGCCUGGGCAAGACCGUCCAGGUGGUCUCCUUCCUGUCCGGGAUGUACGACGGCGAGCUGGUCCGCCACACGCUGCUGGUCAUGCCCACGUCGCUGCUCGCCAACUGGACCCGCGAGUUCUCCAAGUGGACCCCCGGCAUGCGGGUCAAGGACUUUCAUGGCGCCAGCAAGGCGGAGCGGACCCGUAAACUGGAGAAGGUCCAGAGGAGGGGCGGAGUCCUGCUGACCACGUACAACAUGCUGAUGAACAACUGGCAGCAGCUGGCGUCGUACCGGGGACGCGAGUUCAUGUGGGACUACUUGAUCCUGGACGAGGCCCACAAGAUCAAGAAUUCCAGCACCAAGACGACCAAGAGCGCCGCCGCCGUCCCGGCCCGGAACCGCGUCCUCCUCACCGGGACGCCGGUCCAGAACAACCUGCGGGAGAUGUGGGCCCUGUUCGACUUCGCCUGCCAGGGGACCCUGCUGGGAACCGCCAAGACCUUCAAGACCCAGUACGAGAACCCCAUCACCCGGGCCCGGGAGAAGGACGCCACGCCCGGCGAGCGCGCCCUGGGCGCCCAGAUGUCCGAGAACCUCAUGGCCAUCAUCCGGCCCCACUUCCUCCGCCGGACCAAGUCCGAGGUCCAGGAGCAGUCCAAGACCCCGUCCCCCCAGGAUCCGGAGGACCCGCCGGUCCCCGGCGGCCGGACCGCGCCCAGACUGACCCGGAAGAAGGACCUGGUGGUUUGGACGUACCUGAGCGAAGUCCAGGAGCGGAUCUACCGGCAGUUCCUGUCCCUGGACCACAUCAAGGAGCUGCUGCUGGCGUCCCGGUCUCCGCUGGCCGAGCUGUCCAUCCUCAAGAAGCUGUGCGACCAUCCCAGACUGCUGUCCGCCAAGGCCGCCGCCCAGCUGGGCCUGCAGGGGGGGCGGCAGGACGGCGACCCGGACCGCGACCCCGACGCGCAGAGCAUCGCCGGCGUUCCCGACGCCACCCUCAUCUCGGAGUCCGGGAAGAUGGUGUUCCUGCUGGCCCUCCUGGACCGGCUCCGCGCCGAGGGCCACCGCACGCUGGUGUUCGCCCACUACCGCAAGGUCCUGGACAUCCUGGAGCGGGUCCUGCGCCGCCGCGGCUUCGGCGUCCUGCGGCUGGACGGAACCGUGACGCAGCUGGCGGAGCGCGAGCGCCGCAUCGGCCUGUUCCAGAGCGGCGGCCGCCACUCCGUCUUCCUGCUCACCACCCAGGUGGGCGGAGUCGGCGUCACGCUGACGGCGGCGGACCGGGUGGUGAUCUACGACCCCAGCUGGAACCCGGCCACCGACGCCCAGGCGGUGGACCGCGCCUACCGCAUCGGCCAGACCGCCGACGUGCUGAUCUACCGCCUGAUCACCUGCGGCUCGGUGGAGGAGAAGAUCUACCGGCGCCAGGUCUUCAAGGACUCGCUGAUCCGGCAGAACACCGGCGACAACAAGAACCCGUUCCGGUACUUCAGCAAGCAGGAGCUGCGGGAGCUGUUCACCCUGGAGGACCCGCGGUCCUCGUCCACCGCGCUGCAGCUGCAGGCGCUGCACGCCGACCCGGACCCGGACCUGGACCGCCACGUCGCCGCGCUGCUCGCCAUGGGCGUGUUCGGCGUGUCCCGCCACGACCUGCUGUUCUCCCUGGACCCGGACCGGGACGAGGACGAGGCGCCGGAGGACGGCGAGGAGCGGCUCUACAUCCGGGGGCGGGUCCAGACGGCCCGGGAGCUGGUGGGGGCGGAGUCUGAGCGGCGGAAGCUCCUGGAGGACGGCGUGGCGUCCGGCACCGAGGCGGCCUGGCUGCGGCUGCAGGCGGACGUCCACAGCAUGGAGAAGCGGUCCAGACGACCCGGAUCCGGUCCGUCCGAUCCAUCGCCGCUCCGGCUCCAGCUGGACUCUGCCGGGUCGGGACAGGAGGACUCCGUGGUGGACCUGACCGAGGACCGCACCGCAGAGAACCGGUCCGCCUCCCCGGAUCCGGAACCAGACCCGGAACCGGCCAACGCGUCGCUCCAGGACCCGGAACCGGACCGGCAGGACCCCGCCAGGAGGUCAGCGGGUCCUGAGCCCCGUUCCCCCGGCCGCCCCUCCCCCCCCCUGCUGGACCACCGGCUGUCCGUCCUCCACACGUCUCGCUCCGUCCUGGGAGACGACCGCUCGCCCGCCGCCGCCUUCCGGUCCUACGGGAGCGACUUCAACCUGCAGCUGGACGACACCUGGGACCGGGACGGGGACGGACCCGGGCCAGAGGACAGCAACGUGGACUGGGACGGACCCGGGACCGGGCAUCAGGGUCCCAGACUGCAGCUGGAGGACAGCGUCCUGUCCUCAGACCAGGACGGACCGGGACCCGGGCCAGAGGACUGGGACCUGGGCGGCCCGGGCAGCGAGGCGGUCCAGCAGGACCUGCUGUCCCGCCUGCAGCUGGACGGCAGCUUCGACGUCAGCAGGACUCUCUCUGACCAGACCCGCCCGGAACGGUGUGGGCGGAGCUUACACAACGACCACACCCCCAACACCGACGCCUCGGUGGACGGGUCGGUGGUGGCGGUGAGGAAGAGGAGGGCCGCCGUCAUUUAUGACAGCGAGGAAGACGAGCCUGAAGACCCGUCCCUCCACGGCUCCCCGGACCUCCUCCACACCUCCACCCCCAAGUUCGCCUCAGGACCCGAGUCCAGGGGGCGGAGCCUCGGGCGGCGCCUGUCAGUGGCCGCAGGACGGUGGGAGGAAGAGGAGGAGGAAGAGGAGGAAGUGAAGGUGGAGCAGGAGAUCCUGUGA